CCCCACCAUCCUCAGUUCGUCACCACCAUCCUUCAUCCUUCAACUCUCUGUCACCAAUCGUGCUCCUCCAAAUCCUCUCACCCACAUCUCAUAAAUCCCCUAAGUAGCAGCUCAAUGUUCCCCACUCCACCGCAGUCGCGUGUUGCCUUCAACAACCUUGGGUUUCCCUUUUCGGCAAGCAGAUGCUAGCCCCCCUCAAGUUAUGGCUAUCUCUGCCUUUUGGGCUUCCAUUUUAGGAGGAAUCACCUCUCUCACUCACAAUUUUUUGGUAAAAUUGAGCAUGAAACCAAUCUUGUUUUUUCUCUAAUUUUGGUAGAUUUAGUUGAAUAUUGACCAUUUAGAUUUGGGGGAAAUGCAUAGGAUUUAUGGGUAUUCUGUUUCUUAUCUUUUUGAAAGAUUGUGACACUGUUUGUUUAGUGUUUAGCUGCUAUUCUGCUUAGAUUCCCCUACUGUUUUUGCCAUGAAAUUUUACUGUUCACGUAGAAAAAUUAUGCUGUUUUUGCUACAUUUUCUGCAACCUGUCUUUUUUCUGUACUUUUCUACAAUCUAUUUUUCUGCAAUAGUUUUCUGCAAUCUGUUUUGCUGCAUUUUCUGUCAACUGUUAUCUUUGGAAAUUUAUAUAUGACUAUGCGUGUGAAUUAUAUAUAUAUAUAUAUAUAUAUAUAAGUUAAUAAGGUUUUGGUGGAUAGAAUGGCAAGAGGAGAUAGGGAGAAAUUGUUCCUUUGGGAUAGAACUUGGUCCUAGAAUUAAAGAUCAAUUUUAGUUGAAUGAGGCAUGUUGUGAUCUUGUUGUUCUUGAUUAUGAAAUAGGUUCUAAGUCACCACCAUCUCCUUGAAACCUUGAAUACUUGCUGUUGUAAGUUUACAAGAAGAGGUAAGUAAAUUAAGGUAACGCCCUUUGAUUGCAAAGUAAAAGCAUAUUUUAAAUUGUUUUUGAAAUGGUGGCAAGGUUUAAAUUGAUUUUAUUAACACCUGAGCAUGAUUAAAAUGGAAAUGAAAAUUUUUAUUAUUUUUGGGGUUGAGCAUGCUAACAUGGAAUUUUUCCAAUUUAUUCUUGAAAUUUGAGAUUGAUUGUGAAUUACGGAUUUUUCCAGUAAAUUCUGCAUAGUUUUGUCUCUAAUAUAGUUAUGACCACUGACACCUGCUAGUGGGAGUUUGCAAAUGCUUGCACAUGUCGACAUGCAUACCGACAUGCAUAUCGAUAGGACUAGUUCAUUCUGUAAUCCUACCAAUGGGAUAAUACAUUGGUUAUUACUGACGCCUGCCAAUGGGAGUUUGUUAAACACUGGCCAUGACUUAUAGAUGAGACUACUACUGAAUCUUAUUUUGCAUUAACGAUUUAUCAUUGAACGUUUUGUUAUGUUAAAUUGUUUAUCAAGCAUACUUAAAUUUUACUCACGGGCUAUCCGUAUUUUACUUAUUGACUUAUCUCAUAGAGUUUUUCCUCAUCCACCAUUUCAGGUACUAAAACCAAAGACAUGGGAAAACUGGGGAGAGUGAUGAGCUAGAAGGCUAGCCAUUUGUGUUUCAGACUUAGAUUAUCUUGGAGUUAGACUAGCCACAUAUAUUUGGACUUAGCUUAUUUGUAAUUAGGUUUGCAGAAUAAAUUUUAAAUUUCAAAUUUUUGCAAAAUUGUUCCAUGGAUUAUAGUUAUGAAUUUAAUAAGUUCCAAGCCUUGUGCAUUUGUGGGAUCCUUUCACAAGUAUACGGCCUUGUGCAUUUGUGGAAUCCUCUCACAAGUGUAAGGCAUCUGUUUCGCCCUUGGAUUUGGGUUAUGAGGCGUGACAAUCACAUAACUAUCAUGAUUUUAAUUCUACUUAGAGUAUCUCUUUUCAUAUUGGCCAAUCAUUUAUUUGCCAACAAUUUUUAAUGAAUUUGAUCCAAGAUC